GUUAUUUAUUUAAAUGUAUUUAAAUAGAAAACAGUUAUUUGAAUUUAUUGUAAUAAUAUUUCAGAAUAUUACUGUUUAACUGUAUUUUUGAUCAAACAUAAAAUCUCUUAAUUUUCCAAACUACGUUUAUGUAGAAAAUACCUAGUUUCUUAGUUUCAUUCAUGAAUUCCUUCACGUCCGCUAAUUCCUACGUCUGUUUGGCUGCUUGUUUAAAUGUUACUAUCAUUAUCCUCUAGUAAAUACGGUGCCCCAUCUCUAACUACUGUAGCUAAAGAGCCUCUAGUUUAGAAUGACUUUAUGAAUAAGCAUUUGGGUGUUGAAGGGGGUCUUAAACUCAUCCGCAACUUGGUAAGAGCAUUCAUUCAUUGACACAUGGCAAGCGUGCCAUUUCAAAAACUCAAAGCAGAUGUCACUAUCAAGCAAAAGCUUAAAGGAUAAUGGCAUUUAAGUUGAACUCUUAGCUCCUUCUAGAGAGCAUUAGAGCUCUGGCGCUGCCUCCUGCUUGCCUCUUUAUACUUAAAUAGGGUAGAUUCAACCUCAGUAAAGCACUGAGAUUUACAGGCACACGGUACACUAGCUAUCCUCCUCGAGGAGGAUAGCUGAGGACUGAAAGGAUGUUCAACUUUCAGAGAAACAGGAGACAGAGCCUCUUUCCCAACUGCAAACUAGCAACCUCAGAGUCAACAGACGACGCGAUUCCGUUUGCUAAGCAGUGUUUGCUGAAACAUUGGAGCUCUCUAAGCGAACUACAGACGGGUAUCUAUGACAUUUUUGGUGAAGAUGAGGAGGUUGAGAAGCAUUCGGAACCAACAAUGUGGUUUACAAGCGCCUCACCCAGCAGGAAUUGCAUGCUCAACCUCAACGUUGGUGGAAAGUCCUACCGCAUCACCUACAAAAUGGCAGCAAGAUACCCACAGAGCAGAAUCGGCCGUUUAGCCACCUAUACAGACCUCAACAUGAAGCUGAACCUCUGUGAUGACUAUGUGGUGAAGGACAAUGAGUAUUUCUUCGACCGAGAUCCAGACGUCUUCAACAGCAUCUUCAACUUUUACAGAACCGGCGUGCUGUGGAUCAAGGACGAGCUUUGUCCGAGGAACUUCUUGGAGGAGAUCAAUUAUUGGGGCGUUCGGAUCAAAUACUCGCAACGGUGCUGUCGGAUCCUUCUCGAGGAGAAACACGACGAGCUGUGCGAACAGCUCAAGAUCCAGAAGGAACUGGAGGCGGAGGUGGACGUCGUAGAAAACGAGGAGGCGUUCAAAGACAUGUUCUUCGGCGAGACGAGACGCUCGCUUUGGAACUUCAUGGAGAAACCGUUCUCCUCAGUACUGGCGAAACUAAUGGCGGCCGCCUCGAGUAUGUUUGUGCUGGUGUCGCUGGUUACAAUGACUUUGACUACGGUAGAAGAAAUGGAGAACAUGGCAUCUAAUGAGUUUAGUGGAAAGACAUUUGGAGAGUUCAUAGAGACAGUGUGCAUAACUUUCUUCACCGCUGAGUACCUGCUGCGUCUGGUUUCAACGCCAGAUAUCGGUUGCUUCGUUAAGAGCAUGCUGAACACGGUUGACCUCAUGGCCAUCCUACCGCAGUUUCUCCAGUUCAUGCUCGAAGGCUUUGAGACCUUCAAUUCUGGGACACAAACCACUGACAUGGAGACUGUUGGUCAGGUGAGCAAGGUGGGACAAGUGUUACGAAUCAUGCGACUCAUGCGUAUUUUUCGUGUUCUGAAACUGGCGCGUCACUCGACGGGGCUCAGAGCGUUUGGCUUCACGUUGAGGCAGUGCUACCAUCAGGUGGGAUGUCUCUUCCUCUUUAUUGCCAUGGGGAUCUUCACAUUCUCCGCCAUGGUUUAUACCGUUGAACACGACGUCCCUCAAACCAAGUUCACCAGUAUUCCACAUUCUUGGUGGUGGGCAUCUGUUAGCAUCUCUACUGUAGGCUAUGGUGACAUGUAUCCGGAGACUCUUUUGGGGCGGAUAUUUGCCUUUGGCUGCAUUUCCUUUGGGAUCAUUCUGAAUGGCCUUCCAAUCUCCAUCCUCUUCAAUAAGUUCUCCGAUUACUAUGCCAAACUGAAGUCUCAUGAAUACACUUCCAACAUGAAGAACAGAGGGAAGGUUAACUUCAUCCUGAGAGCCAAGAAGAAACUCAAAGAGUGUGGCUACAUCGAAACUAACGACACUAAUGUUUCAUAGAAUCAGUGAAAUCGAUUGUUGGCAUUGUUACGAUGUACUGAAUCUUCUAAAAAGCCUCUUAUCUAAAAGUGCCAAAUGAAAAAUUAAAUUACAAGUAAUAAGUAACACUGACUUAAAUUAUUGGUAACACUUUAUUUUAAGGUGUCCUUGUUACACAUGCACUUAAUAUUAUAAUAACAAUUAAUUAUGCAUAAUUACAUGCAAGUAACUCUAAACCAACCCCUAAUCCUAAUCCUAACUAUAUAGUAAGUACAUGUAGCUAAUUAAUAUUACUACAACAGUACUUAAAUGCAUAAUUAAGGACACAAAAUAAAGUGUCACCAAAUUAUCAAGUGGUGCAUACUUAGUCUGUUAUUCCUCAUCUCCUGUUCCUGCAUUAUUAAAUGCUUAGUUUU